UACCCACUAGCAGCCAACCAGUCGACUUUACCCAAGAAAUAUCAUCUAUAUCUAUAUAUUAUCAAAUCUCCUUUUAUCUUACUCUCUCCUCAAUCUCUAAAUUGAAACACAAAGAUGGCUAGUGAUGGCGAUGAUGAGGUUGUUCUAUUGAAUACAUACGUGAGUAUGUUCGCGAUGAGGCCAAAAAUGGCUCUCGCUCUCAAAGGGAUUCACUACCAAUCCAAAGUGGAAGAUUUGAGGAACAAAAGCCCACUCUUGCUGGAGAUGAACCCAGUUCACAAGAAGGUCCCUGUUCUCAUUCACAACGGAAAACCCAUUUGCGAGUCUCUCAUAAUUCUCGAGUACAUCGAUGAGGUCUGGAAGGACAAGUUUCCAUUGUUGCCUUCCGAUCCUUACAAGAGAGCUCAAGCUAGGUUCUGGGCCGAUUUCAUUGACAAAAAGAUCUAUGAGUGUUUAGGAGCAUGGCUGUUUAAAAGGAAAGAUGCAAAGGACAUUAAAGAAGAACUGGUGGAGAAUCUGAAGGUGUUGGAAGGGGAGUUAGGGGAAGAGGCAUAUUAUGGAGGGGAGAGGAUUGGGUUCUUGGAUUUGGCUCUGGUUUCAUACUAUACCUGGCUGCUGGCUUUUGAGAAAGAUGCAGAGUUUAGGUUGGAGGCAGAAAUUCCAAAGUUGAGUGAAUGGGGGAAAAGAUGCCUGCAAAAUGAGAGUGUUUCCACCUCUCUUGCAGACCCUUUGAAGCUCUAUGAGUUCACUCUGCAGCUGUGGGAAAGGGUUGGCAAUAAUUGAAAAUUUAAUGUUGUAUGCAAAAUCCAUUGGUCCAAUAAUGUACAAUCGUGUGAUAUUGUUUCGUGUUUCCCAGCAGGAUAUGAAUCCUUCUGCAAUAUAGCCAUGGAUUUUUAAAUUCA